AGUUUAUCUUUCUGCACUUCAUAUUUCUGAGUGCACAAAAAAUCUUAUGAGCUUAUCUGUUUUGGAGUGCAGAGGCCAAUUAUUGGACCACUAGGUAUGGGCAUAUCACACCUUAACUACUAUAAGAACUAAGAAACCAAAAUCUAGAGUAAUCUGCAGACCGAGAUCUAAAUACUUGGUUUCUCACUGAAACAGUAAGAAUGGUGGUAAAGGUGUAUGGCGCUGCCUAUGCUUCCCCAAAGCGUGUGCUAGUGUGCCUUGUUGAGAAAGAGGUCGACUUUGAGACCAUCCCCAUUGAUCUCCUCAAGGGAGAGCACAAACACCCUGAAUUUCUCAAAUUGCAGCCCUUUGGAACAGUUCCUCUCAUUCAAGAUGGGGAUUAUACUUUAUAUGAAUCACGCGCAAUCAUAAGGUACUAUGCCGAAAAGUACAAGUCUCAAGGGACUGCUUUGCUAGGGAAGACAAUUGAGGAAAGAGGGCUUGUUGAGCAAUGGCUAGAGGUUGAAGCACACAACUUCCACCCACCACUCUAUAACUUAGUCCUUCACAUUUUGUUUGCCUCAGCAUUGGGUUUUCCUUCAGAUCCCAAGGUCAUUCAAGAGAGUGAAGAAAAGCUAGGGAAGGUGUUGGACAUUUAUGAGGAGAGGCUGUCAAAGAGCAAGUACUUAGCUGGUGAUUUCUUCAGCCUUGCUGAUCUCAGCCACCUUCCAUUUACUCAGUAUCUGGUGACUAUUUUGGGGAAGGAGUAUCUGAUAAAGGACAGAAAGCAUGUCUCUGCUUGGUGGAAUGAUAUUAGCAACAGACCAUCUUGGAAGAAGGUCCUCGAGUUUGGUGGCCCAUUUUAAGGCAGAUGUUGUAUUUUUGCAAACAGCGGGUGCAUACAAUGUUUUUCGCUUAGUCAUGUCAUGUGAACGUUCGAGGAAAGUUAUUGUGAGUGGAGCGUUACAUUCACAAGUAGUAGUAUGUAUGAAUUUCGGUACCUUGAGCUUGGGCUUGGGCAAAAAUAAAUAAUCAAAACUACUUGUAAGAAUAAUGAUGUGCUAUGUCCUUCAUCAUUUGCUUUCUCUCUUGGCACAUGGUAAAAUAGACUUCUUUACCUUUUCUUUUU